CUCAACCCUUCAUUCCUCUCUUGCUUAGCAUGAACACCUCCCAUUUUCAUUGGACUUGAUUAUAACAAUAUUCUAAAGCACACACAGAAUUGGUGCCCUCCCAUUACCAGCACCCCUCAUUCUCUAUAUAUCUAUUCACCCUUUCCUAUCAAUCAAAGUUUCUGUUUUCCUUUUCAUGCGAUUCCUUUCUAAGCAAAUUAAUCAAUAAUUUGAGAAGAUUCGGUCUUCUCAUUCGUCUUCAAUUCAAUUCACUCUCGUCGGCAUUAUCUAUUGAUUGCUACCUCUCCAAUUCCAAAUCAAUUUGAGAGAUCCGAUCCGAUCCUCAUUCAAUUUGUGGCGGCCGGCGAUUUCUGCGGUGGAAUGGAAAUGGAUCCGGCGGAGCUACGUCGGGUGUUCCACAUGUUCGACCGGAACGGUGACGGGAAGAUAACGAGGAAGGAGCUAAGCGAGUCGUUAGAGAAGCUCAACAUCCACAUACCGGAGAAGGAGGUGAUACAGAUGGUGGAGAAGAUCGACGUGAACGGCGACGGGUACGUGGACAUGGAGGAGUUCGGGACGCUGUACGGGGCGUUGAUGGAGGAGAUGAGGGACGGAGAGGGCGGGGAGGAGGAGGAGGAGAUGAGGGAGGCGUUCAACGUGUUCGAUCAGAACGGAGACGGCUUCAUAACGGUGGAGGAGUUGAGAUCCGUGCUGGUGUCGCUAGGGUUGAAGCAGGGCAGGACGGUGGAGGAUUGCCGGAAGAUGAUCGCGAAGGUUGAUGUCGACGGGGACGGUAUGGUUAACUAUGAUGAGUUCCGGCAGAUGAUGAAGGGCGGUGGUUUUGCCGCCUUAACUUGAAUUCUUCAUUCCCGUCUCUCUUCUCUUCGAUCAUUCCCGAUUGACUAAAUACAUUGUUUUUAAGUGAUACCGUUGGUGCCUAGCCACUGCCCUAUUUGAUUUGAUCUUGCGAAUUUUGUGUAUUAAACUAUCAAAAAUGCUAAGCAUAUACACUAAUCUUUGUAUACACAUCUUGUACAUUUUGUUGUGUUUAUCUAGUUAAUUUGGCACUAUCACCAACAAUUCAUUCGAGAAACAGACAAAAAAUCUGUAAAACUAUAUUAAAUAUCUGUGAUACAGAUAAAAUUCCCGAAGCGUGUACACCAAA